UACAUAUAUAGACUCAUUGCAACAAUUGAUUUACCGGUAUUAACGUUGGACAGUCGAUACGUGUAUAGAGUCCAUCGUAAACAUAUACGAGUAGGUAAAUUAUUAUGGGAAAUCGUAAUCAUAAGUGACAUUCGACAGAGCGCUUGGAACAUAACGUUACGUACGUCGUCACGUAAUUAAAAUCAUAGUUGUAAUUAGAACCCAAUCAAACGACGACGAUCAAAAUAUGCGUUUCGAAACGUCUCUAUUGUUCCUUUGGUCGUCAUUGGAAAUGGUAACGUUUUCGUGGAAUUCACGAGUGCUGGACCGUUUGGCAGUGCAUAGAGGCAGCAGAGUGGCGGUUCGGUUCGAUAAAUUCGAAUGGGCCAUAAACAACGAGUACGGACGCGUGAACCAAGUUUACGUCAGUCAAUCGAACGGAUCCGAUCUCGGCAACGUGGCAAUGACAUUCGAUUUCGAAUUCGUCCUACAGCAAUUGACUGUAGAAAUAUUCAAGUGUAAAGAGCAUUACAUAGAUUGUGUGAAUUACAGAAGUUUUGGAUUCACGCGGUUUUGUGGACACGAAAAUGCCAUACUACUUUUCAUCAAGUUGGGAUACGUCGACCGCGAGUUGUCGUGCACAAUCAAACAGGGACUCUACACGGUGAAGAAUGUAACGUUGAACGUGGACAACGUGGUCGGACCGUUUGCGCUUUCGCUUGAAAAGUGGUGGGAGAAAACGUGGAUAUGGAACAUUACGUUUUUCGCCGACGACGACGCGUUCAUCAUGCGGUCCAACGGACAACUCCGAUUUCUGAUGCUGAAGAGGAGUAGGAGUAACGGCGGUCCGGCCGCACCAGUAGUCGGCGGCGCUCAUUGAUUUUUUUUUUUAGCUUCGAUGCGAAGCCGAAUAGUUAUUAAUUUUACUAUGGUAUG